AUGACCCAUUACGAUAGCAGCCAGCUCGAACAAUUGCAGCAGCGAAUUACCGAUCUUCUUCAGUCGCGCAGCAGAGUGCUUAUAGCCGUCGCAGGGGUCCCAGGAGCAGGCAAGUCGACGUUGGUGGAGAGGAUGGUGGAAUUGUUAACUCUGGCCGGCAUGAGUGCGAAGCUGCUUCCGCAGGACGGGUACCAUUUCUCCCGCGAGCAGUUGGCGCACUUCAGCGACCCUGAGGAAGCGUUCAGGAGGCGCGGUGCUCCCUUCACUUUUGACGGGCCCAAGUUUGUGGCUGCCGUGAGCAAAGUCAGACAGGGCACUGAGAGCGUGUGGGCGCCGCUGUUUGACCACGCCAAAAAGGACCCCGUGGAAAACGACAUCUGUAUCGAUCUCCAGGUGCAAGUUGUGUUUGUAGAAGGGAACUAUGUCGGAUUAAAAGACGAGCCGUGGUGCCAAUUGGCACUGUUGGUGGACGAGUUGUGGGUGGUUUCCACGGCGCCAGAGACGGUGCGGGAGCGGAUAGUGGCGAGGCAUUUGGCGGCUGGCAUUGCGAAGACUCUAGAGGACGCACAGGAACGAGCAGAUGGCAACGACUGGGAGAACGCUAGGUAUAAAGAGCGUAGACCUCGUUGGGCUUUAGACGUAUACCAGAAACCAAAAGAGAACACAUUACCAAAGAUCAUGGCAUCAAAAGUCCACGACACGUCUCUCCCGGUGAGAGACAGAAUGGAGGCGCUUGUGCGCUUGAAGCAGAAACAAAUCACUCUGGGCAUAGCUGCCUUGGACUCCGUUGAGUUUCACACCGAUGCCUGGGUCAGAGGAAACAACGGUGGUGGAGGUGAGUCGAUGGUGUUGCAGAAUGGAACUACGUUUGAGAAAGGUGGCGUCAAUAUCUCCAUUGUCCAUGGCAAAUUGCCCCCUCAGGCGGUGCAGAGGAUGAGAGCAGACCACAGAAACUUGAAGGGAGCAGCAGAUGGGUCGGUUGACUUCUUUGCCUGUGGGUUAUCAUUAGUGAUCCACCCACAUAACCCACAUGCCCCCACCACACAUGCCAAUUACCGUUAUUUUGAGACAACGGACCCAGAAAGCGGCGAGGUGAUGACUUGGUGGUUUGGCGGAGGAUGUGAUUUGACGCCGUCCUACUUGUACGAAGAGGACGCUAAGCACUUCCACCAGACGCAUAAGGACGCUUUGGAUAAGUAUGACACGGAUUUGUACCCCAAGUGGAAGAAAUGGUGCGACGAGUACUUCUACAUCAAGCACAGAAACGAAACGAGAGGGGUGGGCGGAAUCUUCUUCGAUGACUUUGACGAAAAGCCUGCUGACGAAAUAUUGCACAUUGUCGAAGACUGUUUUGACGCAUUUUUGCCCUCGUACGUGCCAUUAGUAGAAAAACGCAUGCACCAGGAGUUCACAGAGGAGCAGAAGAAGUGGCAGCAGAUUCGAAGAGGGCGCUACGUCGAGUUCAACUUGGUGUUGGACCGAGGCACCCAAUUUGGGUUGCAGACGCCCGGAUCGAGGGUCGAGAGUAUCUUGAUGUCGUUGCCUGCAACCGCCUCGUGGGUGUACGAUCACCACCCAGAAGAAGGCAGCGAGGAGGCAAAGUUUGUUAAAGUGUUGCAGAACCCCGUGGAUUGGUGUUAG